AUGGAUAUUCUUGAUUGUCUCAAUUCACAAGUGGCUAAAAUUCUGAAAGACGGUUUGUAUGGCACGAAUUUGCGACCGCCACAGCUAGAAGUACCUGAUGAAGAGUACCCAUCAUCCAUUUUUGGCUUAACAAGUUUCAUGGAUGAGAAUUCACCUAUUGGUAGUUUUGAUCCGUACGGCUUGGAUUAUGCUUGGCUUAAUUCCGAAGGUGGUGGCUUGGGAUGGCUUGGAGGAUGA